AUGCGGCCGCGAGACUUUAGCGAUGAUGACGAGCCUCUCGUCGACGUUACGGCAGCGAUACCGCUCAAAUCAAAGCGAACAGCGCGCAUGAACCGCAAGAAAACGGUCCGCGAAACGAAGGAAAGGCAAAAACCGAGUCUGACCAACCUACCCACGGAGCUUGUCCUCGAAGUAUUACAGUACCUCCUACCUAGCGAUGUUCUGAAUCUCUCACUCGUGAAUCACCGGUACAAUGCCGUUGUUAACGGGAAUGCCAAUAUCGUGGGCAACAAGAUUAUCAAGCGACGAUACGCCAUACUCGCUCAAUGCUUUCAGCUUCCGCGACUCCUCUCCGAUAUUGAGCCUUCGAUGCGAAUGAUUCUACGGGAACCAACCCGGCAGAAGUCGCUCACUAUACAUCGAAAUCCAUACCAGCACAUCCGAAGACCUGAUCCGCAAUAUGUCUGUACUUGUGUAACGUGCAUACUUCUAUGGCACAACCUAUGCGUUGCGCUUGAUUUUGCGCAUUGGCAGGAUAAAUUGGACUCGUAUGAACCCAUUACCAUGAUACCACGUGGCCAGUCGACGGCAUGGAAUGAGGCAUUGCUGGAUCGGAAUGCGAGAAUUGUACGCAAGGCGUUAGAGAGUUCGCUCUGGCACGCUUGGAUAUUGGAAACACAUCUGAAAAGCACAGUGCGUGCCAUAAGGCGCCAGAAUGCAAACAAGGGGAACAAGCGGAAACACGUGGACAUGACGCCAGAAGAAGCUGCAUCUGAGAUGGAUGCAUUUCUUGAAAAGACAGGACCGCCCAGUCACGAGAUGCCCUUUCACCGGGAUAAUUACUACUUGCUUGAGGCAUAUUUGCCAAGGAGGGCAUGGAGCUCGAAGGAGCAGAGAUGGAGAUACAAUGUGGCUGGAAGCCACGAGCAGGAUCUCGUGUAUCUUGCACGUUCUUCAAUGCCAUGA